CCCCGGAACCAUUAAACGCGAAGCACCGGUUUCACCCGGACCCCUUUAAAUGUGGGCAUCAGUCGCACCCGAACCCAUUAAAGGCAAAACACCAAUUGCACCCGGAGCCAAUCGGAGCGCUACACCGUUUGCCGCCGGGGCCGUUAAACACAGGCGCCUGUUGCCCCGUGGGUCCACUAAAGAUGGCGGGAAGCGCGGCGGAGGAGGCAUCACCGGGACCGGUUAUGGUUUCGGGGUCGGUACCGGCGCCUCGGCCGCUGUUCGGGGGCUGUUGGAGCUGCCGCCUCCUGUGCGGCGCGGGGCUCUUGGCGGCAGCGCUUUGGCUUUACCGCGGGCCGAGGCGGAGCCUUAAACGCGGGAUCCCACCGGACAUGGCCGCCAUCGCCCAGAUCACCCUCGCUAUCAGUGUCGGAGCGUGGGGCGCCGUCGUCCUGGUGGAUCCGGUGGGGAAACAGCAGCGAAAGGAACCGCCACAGCCCUGAGGACCCCCCCCAAAAUAAACCCCCCCCCAAUAAACCCCCCCCGAGACCUCAGAGCGGCUCCAAAUUUAGGGGGGGGAUGAGGGGGGGA